AUGUUGCUUUUUAGGACGGAUACUGAACUUGGCGCAGUGGAACACGCCCACGAGAGUAUGAUUUGGAGUUUGGCUUGGCAUCCGUUUGGUCACAUUUUGGUUUCUGGAGCAAACGAUUUUGCUACUAAAUUCUGGACCCGUAAUCGUCCAGGUGAUGUGCUCAAAGAUUCUGUGGGUAGUCUGGGAGGCGAUCCACUCAUGCAAGUUGCCGGACUGGCUCAUGCAGUCGGCGAUUCAGAACUCGUAGAACAGCUAAAUAACAGCGCGGAUGUUCUCAAGUCGCUUGCAGACGCUGUCCAUGGAAUCUUAGAUCCAUCCGUCGAUGAUAAAGCGUUUGUAAUCAGCCCAGAUGAGUUAACCGCAAAUGUGGAGAUACCCGGCUUGAAUGAAGGUCCUGUAGUUGAUUUGAACGUGGACGACACAGAUGACAUGGAAGAGCGUGACCGCAGUGAUGUGCUCAAAGAUUCUGUGGGUAGUCUGGGAGGCGAUCCACUCAUGCAAGUUGCCGGACUGGCUCAUGCAGUCGGCGAUUCAGAACUCGUAGAACAGCUAAAUAACAGCGCGGAUGUUCUCAAGUCGCUUGCAGACGCUGUCCAUGGAAUCUUAGAUCCAUCCGUCGAUGAUAAAGCGUUUGUAAUCAGCCCAGAUGAGUUAACCGCAAAUGUGGAGAUACCCGGCUUGAAUGAAGGUCCUGUAGUUGAUUUGAACGUGGACGACACAGAUGACAUGGAAGAGCGUGACCGCACAACCAAAUGGGGCCCACGAUCAGACAAUUUCGUCCCUCACCCUGCGCCAAACGGUUCAAGUAGUCGCCCACAGGUGCACCAUCAAUAUCAAGAACGAGAACCGUUUAGCAAUCAUUCACACGAACCUUUUAAUUCGAACCAGCAACCUCAUCUCUCAGUGCGACAUGCAGAUGACUAUAAUCGACCAGGGCACCAAGAGGAUAGAGACUAUCGGGACUUUGACGACCGCGAACCACCAUCACGACCCGCUAAUGAAUAUUUCAAUCGACCUGGACAACAUUCAAACAAUUACAAUUCAACCAAGCAUCCUCCGGAUCAAUCGCAUGCUGCGAGAAGAGGCGAUCUACCGCCAAUGGGUGAUCUCCAUGGUCGACACUUUCCACCUCCGCCACAAUCAUCAUUUGAACAUCAUCAUUCAUAUGAACAUCGACCCCCUGAGCCGUACCCACCCAGAGAACCACAAUAUACUUAUCCACCGCCACCUCGUCCGGACAACUGGAGCAAGCCGUGGGCGGAACCCAGCCAUAGACCCGGAGAUUUUGGUUACAUGCCGCCGGGGCGUAACGCCCCACCUCCACCGGCCAGACCUCCGAACCGCUUCCCUCCUCCACCGCCAGCGGGUCACGAUAUGUAUCGAUCACCAGAAGCCCCACCCAUUCACGAUGCUGGUUAUUUUCCACCGCAAAAACGACCGGCUCCACUCCCUCCAAUGCAUCCUGAACACUCGGGAAAAUAUCCUCGUCCCGAGCCCUCUUGGAAUGGACCGAAACCUUGGUGA